AUGAGGCCAGCUCGACCACUCCCGCCAGUCUUCUUUUGGCUCUCCAUUUUCUCGCUCGCCCUAUGCGCAGCGGCGUUUGCAGUGUCCAUGGUCUACUUCGGCUUUCUGACUUUGUGGAUGACAAUCAUUGCCGCAUUCUUGACGGUUGUCCAUCACAUCGUCAUCUUUGCGCUGUCCUUCAAGCGCGGUGGCCCGCCACCCAAAGCUGCUCCCACAGCGGCAAUUCGGGACCAAAACAUAUCGGAUAGCUCUAUCUCCAUAGUCGCGUCAUCUGCUGACUCUGGGCGUAAUCUCCCCCGCUCCAAUCACCCCCAGUCGUCGGACGUCGAGGAGUAUGGAGCAACGGUGGCACCAUACCCUUCAUUCCUCAUCAGCGUCGCUAACUGCACUAUACUCGGCAUUGUCGCCAUCUUUUGGUCGGGGUUCCCAUGGUUGGCCGUCUUUAUAGCCGUCGUAGCGUACGAAGGCUGGCCAGUCGACAGAAGGCCUUACGAGGUCAUUGGAAUAGCCGAAACGACGCUGGGUUAUCUUGAGGCGCUAGUUAUGUGGACCCUCUUUGCCCUCUGCGUCCACCACCGCAGGCUGUACCUCAAACGCAAUGAAUUCAUCCGCAUGGAUGGGUAA